GGGCGGCAGGCAGAGCUGAGAGGAGCGAAGCUGAGCGGACGCCGCCACCUGAUCCCAUCCAGGCGCGGAGAGGGGAGCGACGGGCACUGGUGCGCAGGGCCCCGGCGCCCUCAGACCCGCACCAGAUUUCAGGACAAGGGUUGGGAGGUAGCGGCGACCACCCACCAGCGGGGUCGGAGGCAGAGCCCGCGCUCACGCGAGGGCAACGCUAGCCACCACGCAGAGUGGAAGGUACCAGGGGACGAGCUGAGGAUCCCCGCUGUCCCAGGAAGAUGCUCGAACACGGACCAGGCUGCAUCUAAGGCCUCUCAGGAACACUGGCCCUGCUACCAGAGCCUCAGGAGCCCCCAUGAGUGCCGACGAAGGGAGUCCUGGAUAACGAGAUCCUGGCUGGUCCAGGGGUGGGCACCCCAUCAUGCCACCCAUCCUCCAGCGCCUGCAGCAGGCCACCAAGAUGAGCCGCAGGAAAAUCCUGCUGCUGGUGCUAGGGUGCAGCACCUUGAGCCUUCUCAUCCAUCAGGGGGCACAGCUCAGCUGGUACCCUAAGCUGUUCCCUCUGAGCUGCCCGCCUCUGAGGGACUCGCCUCCACGACCCAAGCACACGUCCGUGGCCUUCCUCAAGACGCACAAGACUGCGGGCACGACCGUGCAGAACAUCCUGUUCCGCUUCGCCGAGCGCCACAACCUGACGGUGGCCCUGCCGCACCCGAGCUGUGAGCACCAGUUCUGCUACCCUCGCAACUUCUCCGCGCACUUCGUGCACCCGGCCACGCGCCCGCCGCACAUGCUGGCCAGCCACCUGCGCUUUGACCGCGAAGAGCUCGAGCGUCUCAUGCCACCGGACACCGUCUACGUCACCAUCCUGCGCGAGCCGGCCGCCAUGUUCGAGUCGCUCUUCAGCUACUACAACCAAUACUGCCCGGCCUUCCGGCGCGUGCCCAACGCGUCCCUCGAGGCCUUCCUGCGCGCGCCCGAGGCCUACUACCGCGCCGGCGAGCACUUCGCCAUGUUCGCGCACAACACGCUGGCCUACGACCUGGGCGGCGACAACGAGCGCAGCCCGCACAACGACGCCGCCUACCUGGCGGGCCUCAUCCGCCAGGUGGAGGAGGUCUUCUCUCUGGUCAUGAUCGCCGAGUACUUCGACGAGUCGCUCGUGCUGCUGCGGCGCCUGCUCGCCUGGGACCUGGACGACGUGCUCUACGCCAAGCUCAACGCGCGCGCCGCCAGCUCGCGCCUGGCCUCCAUCCCCGUGGCGCUGGCGCGGGCCGCGCGGGCCUGGAACGCACUCGACGCCGGCCUCUACGACCACUUCAACGCCACGUUCUGGCGCCGCGUGGCGCGCGCCGGCCGCGCCUGCGUGGAACGCGAGGCGCGCGAGCUGCGCGAGGCCCGCGAGCGCCUCCUGCGGCGCUGCUUCGGCGAAGAGCCGGUGCUGCGGCCCGCGGCGCAGAUCCGCACCAAACAGCUGCAGCCGUGGCAGCCCAGCCGGAAAGUGGACAUCAUGGGCUACGACCUGCCCAGCGGCGGCGCCGGACCAGCCACCGAGGCCUGCCUCAAGCUGGCCAUGCCAGAGGUACAAUACUCGAACUACCUGCUGCGCAAGCAGAAGCGCCGAGGUGCUUUGCGGCCCCGGCCCGAACCUGUCCUUGACAAUCCCCCGCCUCGGCCCAUCCGGGCGCUGCCCCGCGGCCCCCAGGGCCACUGAGCUCCAGGAGUCUGGCCUGGGAUCGCCUCCACGUCCCGCCUCAUCAGGGCCCCUUCUUCCGAGAAGCUUGAGCCCCGCGCAGUACUUGGGAGAGUGUCUCCCUGUCUGAGCCCACCUCCCUAGGGAAGGCUGAACUCUGCCUUUGGGGAGGGUGCUAAUGAGGCCCGAUCGAGCCCCGGGCCACCGUUUCCUCUUCCCUAACUGGUUGGUGACUGACAAGAGGUCUGAGGCCCUUCAGGAACUGUCCACCCAGCCUUUUUCGGGGGUUUGAACCCCCCCUCUUGUCUUUUCCAAGUGAAUGAGCCCAAGCCACAGAGUCUGAGCCUUGGGAAAAGGCCGUUCUGUCUACCAGCCUCUCCAGGCUCUUGCUCUUCCAUCCAAGGGUCAGAGGUCCCCACACCUUCGGUCUUCCAAGUUCUACCCUCCCCACAGACCUAAGCUGCUCCCAGACUCCCAGAACCAAGAGUUCUUGGAUUGGGCUUUUUGUUUGGUUUUUCUUUUUUUAAUAAA